AUGGCCACACCUGUCGACUAUGGCAAUUUGGAGUUUACUAGACCCGCCAAGCAGAUCAAGGCCGUCAACUUGCCAGCGGUGCCGCAGCGCAUUUUCGAUGGUAUGAAGCAGUAUGAAGAUGCUGCUCGAGGCUUUAGUACCUCAGGCUUUGAGCGGACAAUCAAGGAUGCCAAUGGAAAACAAGUUCCAGGAGGCAUCAUUGUUGCGCACAGACCUGCAGACGCCCAAGUCACUCAGCUGUAUCGCAUGCCAACAGAUCCUUCCAGUACCGAGCUGAGCCGGCUCACGUACUUUGAUAUUGGUUCUGGCAGGACAAUAUCGGCGUUCCGCGGAAUUCUGGAGGAUGACUGGCGGGGUGUACGCAGGCGUGGAGGAGCCAUCAUGGUUAUGGAUCUCAACGGAAAUGAACAUUUUCAACUAUGGCACGUAGCCACGCGUUACUGGGAGGAUUCUCUCGCUGACCAAGUUCUUCCGAAAGUACAAGGAGAACUGGAUAACGCGCCUGGCCUGGGACGAAUCGAGAGAUUGACUCACGAUGACUAUAGAUACGGCUCAAUUGUUAUAUCUCAGGCAAAUAACUUUAUGGCCUUUGCGUCGAACAAGGAGAACAACAAGGACACCCUAGUAUAUGUUACCAGGCUCAUAGACUCCAACACGGGCGCAAAGGCAGACGCAUCUCCCUUCACUCUGCCCUCACGUUUAGUCGCACCAAGCACUGGGGAAGGGACGACCAUGUACAGCCCGCGAAGCUUUUCCCUUGACGACAAGUAUCUGUUGAUCACAAGACAAUAUGGCUCGAGUUACAAUGCCCUUUAUGUUGUCGACAUCUCUGGAGAACAGGCAUCACCUCCCAAGCUAAUCGAGUUCCCAGGAGUGACAGAGAAACCAGAAGAUACUGCGUUCGGCGGUGUUGUAUUCUCCCACAACGUCAAUCUACCCCACUUGAUCUACUGCACCACAAAUGGCUAUGGUGAUUUUACCUCGGUCGUCGCUUAUGACCUUGACACGGCAUCGGUCACUCACAUCACUACUUCCGGUGCCGCAAUUCAAGCCAUACGACCAAUUUUAUGGGAAAUUGAGGACCUCAAGGUUACUAGCGACAAUAUUAUAUUUACCGUCAAUGUCGAGGGAUGGACCUCCCUCUUUUUCAUGCCUCUAUCUGGGUCUUACAAGAACACGGUGAUCGAGGUCAAGGUUACCUGGGAAAGGGGUUGGCUCACCUUCCAAACGAAUGAUCUCAAUGACAAGCCGUACGAAUUAACGCUGCAUCUCACAUCAUACCACUCCAGAGGGCGUAUCACCUACUUCGAUCUUCUACCAUUGUUGAAUGAUGUCAAGAAAGAUGAAAAUGGUAACGCCUACGUGGUCGCUUCUGUCUUACCAUAUGCACAGGCAGCGCCACCUACGGUGGCACAUGAAGUUCCGCCUACGCUCAUCAGAUAUAAGAGCUUCGAUAACUUGGAAGUCCCUGCCAUCUAUUACCACCCGGUUGGUCAAUCUGUGACUCCGGUCAUCAUCCACAUUCAUGGUGGCCCGGAAUCUCAGGCUACUGCCAAUUACCGCACACCUACGCAUAGUUACCUAUUGAACGAGCUGAAAAUUGCUGUUAUCUACCCCAAUGUGCGCGGAAGUUCAGGAUAUGGCAAGAAGUACAUGGCCGCGGAUGAUGUGUUGAAACGCGAAGAUUCUGUCAAGGAUAUUGGAGCGUUGCUUGAACACAUCGCAUCCAACAUGCAAAAUGAAUUGGAUUCAUCCCGCAUUGCUGUAGCAGGUGGAUCCUAUGGUGGAUAUAUGUCUUUGGCGACUCUGACACAUUACUCCUCAAAGCUCGUCUGCGGCAUUGAAAACUUUGGAAUCGUGCACUGGCCUUCGUUCCUGGAGAAUACUGCGGAUGUCCGGCGAGCAGCACGCAGACGCGAGUAUGGCGAUGAGACCAUCCCUGAAAUCAGAGAGUUCCUGGACAGGAUCUCGCCGAUCAACAACACUUCGAAGAUCACGGUACCCCUCCUGAUCACCCAUGGCGAGAAUGAUACUCGAGUGACUGUACACGAAGCUGUUAGCAUGUACAAAACUGUGUCGAAGAAUGUGCAUACCGAGCUCGUUAUCUGCGAGAUGGAGGGGCAUGGAUACAAACAGAAGAGUGUGAUCGAGUUUACUAAUGCUGCUGAUAUCUUAUUCUUGGAAAGAUACCUCCUUGCUCAGUCAAAUUUGUAA